AGUGAGGAGGAGAGCAGCAGGGGUGUGGUUAACUAGGAGGAGGAGAGGGGAAAACACAAACCUGUCAGCCCUGUUACUCAGCGGAGGCCUCCGGAGCCACCGCGGAUCCCUUACCUGCCGCAGCCCCUGGACCCACCUGUACCUGCCGCCGCGCAACCCGCGCCUCACCUGGCGGAGCCGAGGAGCCGUCGGAGUCGGCGCUUCUCUCGGUGACUGAGAUGUGCCGGUCCUAGCUGCCGCCUGAGAGAAUGUCUGGGGUGUCCGAGCCCCUGAGCCGAGUGAAGGUGGGCACGUUACGUCGGCCUGAAGGCCCCCCAGAGCCCAUGGUGGUGGUUCCAGUAGAUGUGGAAAAGGAAGACGUGCGGAUCCUCAAGGUGUGCUUCUAUAGUAACAGCUUCAACACUGGGAAGAACUUCAAGUUGGUUAAAUGCACUGUGCAGACAGAGAUCCAGGAGGUCAUUGCCUCCAUUCUGCUGAGCGGACGGAUAGGGCCCAACAUCCAGCUGGGUGAGUGCUAUGGCCUGAGGCUGAAGCACAUGAAGUCGGAUGAGAUCCACUGGCUACACCCGCAGAUGACAGUGGGUGAGGUUCAGGAAAAGUACGAGUGUCUGCACAUGGAGGCUGAAUGGAGGUAUGACCUCCAAAUCCGCUACUUACCAGAGGACUUCAUGGAAAGCCUAAAAGAAGACAGGACAACGCUACUUUAUUUUUACCAACAGCUACGGAAUGACUACAUGCAACGCUAUGCCAGCAAGGUCAGCGAGGGCAUGGCCCUGCAGCUGGGCUGCCUGGAGCUCAGGCGGUUCUUCAAGGACAUGCCCCACAAUGCACUUGACAAAAAGUCCAACUUCGAGUUCCUGGAGAAAGAAGUAGGACUGGACCUGUUUUUCCCAAAGCAGAUGCAGGAGAACUUAAAGCCCAAGCAGUUCCGGAAGAUGAUCCAGCAGACCUUCCAGCAGUACGCCUCGCUCAGGGAGGAGGAGUGCGUCAUGAAGUUCUUCAACACCCUCGCGGGCUUUGCCAACAUCGACCAGGAGACCUAUCGCUGUGAACUCAUUCAAGGAUGGAACAUUACUGUGGACCUGGUCAUCGGCCCGAAGGGCAUCCGCCAGCUGACAAGUCAAGAUGCAAAGCCCACCUGCCUAGCUGAAUUCAAGCAGAUCAAGUCCAUCAGAUGCCUCCCACUGGAGGAAGGCCAGGCGGUACUACAGUUGGGCAUUGAAGGUGCCCCCCAGUCUUUGUCCAUCAAAACCUCCUCUCUGGCAGAGGCCGAGAACAUGGCUGACCUGGUGGAUGGUUACUGCCGGCUUCAAGGGGAGCACAAAGGCUCUCUCAUCAUUCAUCCCAAGAAAGAUGGUGAGAAGCGGAACAGCCUGCCCCAGAUCCCCGUACUGACCCAGGGGAGAACACUGGAACCCCAGCACAUCACAAGUGGCGAUUUCUCGCCAGUAAACUUCACCCUAAACCUGGAGGCUCAGCGGCCCCAUCUCUCAGAGAGCUGCAGCAUAGAAUCAGACAUCUAUGCAGAGAUUCCCGAUGAGACCCUGCGAAGGCCCGGAGGCCCACAGUAUGGCGUCACACGGGAUGAUGUAGUCCUGAAUCGGAUUCUUGGUGAAGGCUUUUUUGGGGAGGUCUACGAAGGUGUCUACACAAAUCAUAAAGGGGAGAAAAUCAACGUAGCUGUAAAAACCUGCAAGAAAGACUGCACUCUGGACAACAAGGAGAAGUUCUUGAGUGAGGCAGUGAUCAUGAAGAAUCUUGACCACCCUCAUAUUGUGAAGCUGAUCGGCAUCAUUGAAGAGGAACCCACCUGGAUCAUCAUGGAAUUGUAUCCCUAUGGUGAGCUGGGCCACUACCUAGAGCGAAACAAGAACUCCCUGAAGGUGCUCACUCUCGUCUUGUACUCCCUGCAGAUUUGCAAGGCCAUGGCCUAUCUGGAGAGCAUCAACUGUGUCCACAGGGACAUCGCCGUGCGAAACAUUCUGGUGGCCUCCCCUGAGUGUGUGAAGCUGGGGGACUUUGGCCUUUCCCGGUACAUUGAGGAUGAGGAAUAUUAUAAAGCCUCUGUGACUCGUCUCCCGAUCAAGUGGAUGUCCCCUGAGUCCAUCAAUUUCCGCCGCUUUACGACAGCCAGUGACGUCUGGAUGUUCGCUGUAUGCAUGUGGGAGAUCCUGAGCUUUGGCAAGCAGCCCUUCUUCUGGCUGGAGAACAAGGACGUCAUCGGGGUGCUCGAGAAGGGGGACCGGCUACCCAAGCCCGACCUCUGCCCACCUGUUCUCUACACCCUCAUGACUCGCUGCUGGGACUACGACCCCAGUGAGCGGCCCCGCUUCACUGAGCUCGUGUGCAACCUCAGUGACAUUUAUCAGAUGGAGAAGGACAUCGCUAUAGAGCAGGAAAGGAAUGCUCGUUACCGACCUCCCAAAAUCUUGGAGCCCACAGCCUACCAGGAACCCCCACCCAAGCCCAGCCGGCCCAAGUAUAGACCCCCUCCACAAACCAACCUUCUGGCUCCCAAGCUGCAGUUCCAGGUCCCUGAGGGUCUGUGUGCCAGCUCACCUACGCUCACCAGCCCUAUGGAGUAUCCAUCUCCUGUAAACUCGCUGCACACCCCACCUCUCCAUCGGCACAAUGUCUUCAAGCGCCACAGCAUGCGGGAGGAGGACUUCAUCCGACCCAGCAGCCGAGAAGAGGCCCAGCAGCUAUGGGAGGCCGAGAGGCUCAAGAUGAGGCAGAUCCUGGACAAACAGCAGAAGCAGAUGGUGGAAGAUUACCAGUGGCUGAGGCAGGAGGAGAAAUCCUUGGACCCCAUGGUGUACAUGAACGAUAAGUCCCCGCUGACCCCAGAGAAGGAGGCCGGCUAUACGGAGUUCACGGGCCCCCCACAGAAGCCACCGCGGCUGGGUGCUCAGUCCAUCCAGCCCACAGCCAACCUGGACCGGACCGACGACCUGGUAUACCUCAAUGUCAUGGAGCUCGUGCGGGCUGUGCUGGAUCUCAAGAACGAGCUCUGUCAGCUGCCUCCCGAGGGCUACGUGGUGGUGGUGAAGAACGUGGGCUUGACCCUGCGGAAGCUUAUUGGGAGUGUGGAUGAUCUCCUGCCCUCCUUGCCGUCAUCCUCCCGGACCGAGAUUGAGGGGACCCAGAAGCUGCUCAACAAGGACCUGGCGGAGCUCAUCAAUAAGAUGCGCCUGGCCCAGCAAAACGCCGUGACCUCCCUGAGUGAGGAGUGCAAGCGGCAGAUGCUCACAGCCUCCCACACCCUGGCCGUGGACGCCAAGAACCUGCUCGAUGCCGUAGACCAGGCCAAGGUUCUGGCCAAUCUGGCCCACCCGCCUGCAGAGUGAUGGAGGGUCGGCACCACCUGCCUGCAUCUUCUGCCCCUGCCUGUAGUGUACCUCCCCCGCCCCCACCCCCGGCCCCUGCCUUGCCUUCGGUCACAUGGGUCUUCUCAGGGGGACGGCUGAGGGGAGUCCUCCCCUUGCCACUUUGCACGACCCCCUCUCCCCACCCCAACCCCCAGACUGUGCUGCUCAGGCUGCAGCUGGAAAGAGGGGACUCAGGGCUACAGAUGCCAGGGGGUGACAAAGAGGGCUCAGAGGGAGCCCUGCUGCCACCGGCCACUCCCUCCUCACACCCGCCGGCCCCACUUUGGGGGGGAGAGGGGUCACACUGGUGCCCCUAGUGGCCACGAUGGCUUUAUGCAUGGACACGGCAGGACCAGUGGAACCAAGCUAUUCCUUCUUCUUCCGCUCACGGAGGUCCCCUGAUGCAGAGGGACUGGGGAGGGGCUUUCCUUUGGGGGUGGGCGGCUGGCGAGAUGAGGGACGGGCCUGGCUUCCUUGUACAGUGUAUAUUGGAAUUUAUUUAAUGUGAGUGUGGUCUGGACUGACAGCCGUGUGCCCCCCUGAGGGGGGACCUGGGACACAGUCCAGGAACAAGCUAUUGGGAGUCCGGGCACAAGACGCUGUGUUGACGACACGCCAAGCGUCAAGGAGAGGGGGAGAGAUGAGGCCAAAACAGGACUUGGACCACAAGAUUGUGCCUCUCUUCCCUGUGCCCUUUCUCUCCCUUCCCUGACUCUGCCCCUUCCUUCUCUCCCUCUUUUCUUACUUCUCCUUUUCUUCCCCUCCCCCACCGCCUUCCCAGCUGCCCCACCCCUCCCUUGUGUUGGUGCAGAAUACUCUUUUACCUUCUUUCUAGUUGACUUGUGGAUGAAUUAAAAUUGUACCAUUUGC